AUGACUUCUCAAGAUCUCAUUGCAUAUUGGACUGAGAAGGGCUCACAGAAAUGCCAGAAUAUAGAUGCUGACUUUUCACUGACAAAGCAAGAGUACAUCAAUCAGAAUCAUUAUUCAAACAUUGAUUUGGUCAAAUGUGUGAAGUCUAACAGACAGACUGUUAGCAGCUACCAUGCCCAAAAGAAAGUUAGUAGCAGAAUUGAUACCCAAAUGGAAAACCAGUUUGUGGAAGCUUGUGCUUAUUGGAAGAAUGUUCUCAGAUGCAUAGUUGAAACCAUAGCUUUUCUUGCUGAAUGUGGUCUACCAUUCUGUGGCUCAGAUGACACUGUUGGAUCGAAACGCAACGGCAAUUACCUUGGCAUUCUAGAGCCAAUCACUAAGUUUGAUUCUUUCUUAGCUCAGCACAUCAAUGAACACCCAAAUCAUGGAAAAGGCCAUACAUCAUAUCUAUCAAAGACUAUUUGCGAUGAAUUCAUUGCACUACUGGCAAAGAAGAUGCUAUCAGCCAUUGAGAUCAAAGAUGUGAGAUAUUUUUCAGUGUCCGUCGAUUCAACACCAGAUGUGUCACAUGUAGAUCGGCUGACUGUCAUCUUGCAUUAUGUGCUACCCAGUGGACCAGUUGAGCGUUUCAUGACCUUCAUAAACACCACCAGCCACACAGGGGAGAAACGUACCUUGUACCUACUCGAUUUCCUCACCAAAAAUGGGAUUGACAUCAGCCUCUGUUGUGCCCAAAGCUAUGAGAAUGCAAGUAAUAUGAGUGGCAAAUAUGCAGGGAUGCAGGCAAAGAUUAAAAAGUGCAAUGCGUUGGUUGAUUACAUACCAUGCACUGCACACUCACUCAACUUUGUUGGCCAAUCUAUUGUGGAUUGCUCUGUUGAAGGGGAGGGGGUUGGAUUUGUCCAAGAAUUGUACAAUUUUUUUCUCUGA